AUGGCGAACAUACGACCUUUCCAAAUCGAGAUUCCGGACACGGAGCUGGAGAAGCUCAGGACUAAGCUUUCCUUAGCCAGCUUUCCCGACGCAGUGUCAUUCAGUGAUGACUCUAAAUACGGCACACCACUCAAGGACAUCAGAAGGCUGGCAGCCUACUGGAAAGACGGUUAUGACUGGCGGAAACACGAAGCGAAGCUCAACCAGCUUCCACACUUUACAACCACGGUCGAAGUUGAUGGCUUUGACGAACUCGAAAUUCACUUCCUUCAUCACAAAAGUAGCCGGCCGGAUGCGAUCCCGCUGUUAUUCUGCCACGGUUGGCCGGGCGGCUUUUGGGAGCCGAUCAAGAUGCUCCCUCUCCUCGCUGAACCUACAGAUGCCUCGCAGCCGGCCUUCCACGUCGUCGUUCCCUCCUUGCCCAAUUUUGGUUUCUCUGAAGGGGUUAAGAAACCAGACUUUGGACUCCGCCAAUACGCCGAGACGGUCCACAAACUCAUGCUACAACUGAACUAUGACAAAUACGUCUCCCAAGGCGGCGACUGGGGCUUUGCCAUCACACGCCUCCUAGCCCUUGACUAUCCCAAUCACCUCCUAGCUAGCCACAUCAACUUCCUGCGCGCCUUCCCACCUACCGCGUCUCGCCACCCACUCCUCUACCUCCAAUCCCUCUUCCACCGCCACACCCCGACCGAACGCGCCAGACUAGCUCGCAGCCGCGAGUUCUGGAGCGAAGGCAUCGGGUACAAUGUGCUGCAGGGGACGCGCCCGCACACGCUCGGCUUCGCGCUCGCCGACUCGCCCGUGGCGCUGCUGGCGUGGGUGUACGAGAAGUUGUACGAGUGGGUGGACGGCGACAGCUACCAGUGGACCGACGACGAGGUGCUCACGUGGGUGAGCUGCUAUCUCUUCUCGCGCGCCGGGCCCGCGGCGAGCGUGCGCAUCUACUAUGAGGGCUAUCACGGGAGUCGGCCGGUGGGGGAGAGGACAAGGCGGUGGAUUGGUGGGGUGAAGUUGGGGUUUAGUAUCUUUCCGCGCGAUCUGGAUGUUCCGCCUGCGCUUUGGGGGCGCACGCUAGGGCCGGUUGUGUUUGAGAAGCUACAUACGGAGGGCGGGCACUUUGCGGCGUGGGAAAAGCCCGAGGCGCUGGUUGGGGAUUUGAGGGAGAUGUUUGGGAGGAAUGGGGGGGCUGGGGAUGUGUGGAAGGUGAAGUCGGCAAAGGCGAAGAUUUGA